AAGCCAUUGUCAAAACCUACUAUCCAACAGAAGAUCUAGUUGAAGCAGCACGACGUCUCAACAUUAUGGCUGGAACACAAGAACUUGACCGUCUGUUAGAAGAAUUACGUCUAACAAGUAUGAAUAUGGCUGCUGGUCUGCCACCGCCUUCCACUACGCAUUACAACUCUAAACCAUACCAUUCAUCACAAACACAAAGAAAACAAUUAUUCCAUGAUGAAGUCUAUCCAGAAAAUCGAUAUACACCGAGUCGAUCAGCUUCUGCUACUGGCUACAGUACAGAUGCACAUAAUUUCAAUGAUUCUUUACACUCUAAUUAUUAUCAUAAACAUUCAACUUUAUAUUCAGAUAGAAUUGAUAAUAUUGGGAAAAAUACAAGUACGAGUAGAUAUGCAGCAUCGUUGACCAAUUCUCCUCGACAUCAUCAAACAGUAUUUACAACAACACUUAAACAACGUCCACCAGUUGCCCCUAGGAAAUUCAAUCAAAUUCAUUUGACCAUUGAUCCAGAAUGUGGAACUGCAGAUACACACUCUGCAGUCUCAGUACGAUUAGAUAAUCAAGAGUCGUAUAAACGUGAAAAGAAACUUGAAUCUGAUUUACAGUUGGCUAGACAAGAGUUAGCAAAUCUUAGACGUGCAAUGAGUUUAGUCGACGAGAGUCAUCAACGUGAAAAUCUAUGCGAUUCUAGAAAUCUUCUUUCACCAAGUCAUUCAGUGCCAAGACGAUCACCAAAUACAGAAUCACAUCAAUUUUUAAGUACAAGUUCUUCAUUUCACCGGUCUUAUCAAUCACAACAACAACAACAACAACAGCAGCACAGUACACCAGCUAGUAUCAGUUCAUACCAUCAAAGAACGUAUCCCAGGAAAGAACCAGUUUCUGUUUACAAAUCACAAAUUAUCACAGAUGAUGUUAACUUCUCAAUCCCAAAGCGUACAAUGAGUCAUACUAAUGUCUAUGGUGCUCCACGAUCUUGGAAUCUAAGAUCUUACCAAGGCUCUGAAUCUGAUUUGGCCUAUAAACGUGAAAUGUCGUCAACAUCACAUUUAGCACGUUCUGGUUAUUCAGCAAGACGUGAACGUUUAAAACAGGAACGUGAACAAGAGCUAGCACGACAAACAAGAUUAAGGCAGAUGGCUGCAUCAUCAACAGGACUGCAUGAUUAUCGUCAGUAUCAGCAACAAAGUGCCCAUCAACAUCAUCAACAACAACAUUAUCGUUCAACAUCUGCUGUAAAUAGAUCUCUUGGAAAUACUGAAGCUUUUGAAGAGUUUGAAACAAUCACCUUACAACCAAUAGGUAGAGGUGUUCAAGAUCUUGAUUCACAUGUGGGAUCAAUGACAACAUUAGCACGAGGCGGUGGUGCUUCAUCUAUGAUUGAAGUCCAUAAACACACUGUUCGAACACCAACAUUCCAGACACCAACAGUACACUCACCAACCUAUCCUAUUAACCGAGCGCACAGUACAACACCUACUCGAUAUAGUGGACAUAGUAAAGGAUUUUCUACUCCUGGUCUACAAAAAUCUCAGUCUAUAUUUGGUGGUUCCGGUGAGACAUAUCCCGUGCUGAAAUCACGUUCACCUGAUCCAGGUCGAGAUAUUAGAGGCUCUCCAUUAUGGUCAGCAUUACCAAGACGACUGAGUACAUCACCGCCUCCAACUAGUAAGUCAUGGAAAAGUCAAAGAAACAUGAACAUUUCACCAUUAGAACGUGUUAACUGUGAAGAUUUAAUGCCUAAUACACAAAUGGCAAAAAUUCAAGUAUUGGAAUUGAAUAACCCGCCAACAACUUUGGCACCAUAUCUUAAAAGAUUAAAUGAUUCACAUCCUGUAGUUAUUACAAAAAAAGAUAUUAAAAAGUAUGAAUCACGUACAGAAAGUAUCCUGUUGAACAAUAAUAAUAAUAAUAAUCUAGACAUGGAUGAAUCUGAGUUAGUUAACUUGAAAAAAGUUGUCUCCAUGAAAAAACCACCUGAACGUUUGAAAUUAUGGACAUUACCUGAAAAAUCAAAGACUGUCAUCCAACCAACAAAUGGUCAUUCUGAUAUUUCACCGUGUUCUUCCAAUAAUACUGAUGAGUCUAUCGAGGAUAACAAUGAUAAUAAUAAUAAUAGUGAUGGUGUUAAUGACGCAUCAGAUUUAAUCGAACCUGGAAAGACUGUGUUUACAACUGAAAUAAAUGGAUUAAGUCAAGUUGAUGAUCAUCAUCAGCAUCAACGUGCUAGUUCACGUGCAAGUCUAGUGCGUCAGCCAUUCGCUUCAACUCAAUAUCUAAAUCGACAAAACUACAGUCAUGAUGGGGAUCAUACAAUUUCUAUAAAUCGUGUUCAACAAGUAUCGAGUACUCCAAUCCAAAGUCGGCCGCCUAGUCGUCUUGGUACACCAGCUGCCUAUUCGGAUCAUGUUUCUGUGGCAACCACUCCACAAACAGUGAUUGGACCAACAAAAGUUAUCAGUAAUCUAAAUGUAAUGACCACUACUAAAAGAAUGUCUGAGCGUACUGAAGUUCCAAUGCAAAAUGGAUGGAAGCCGGAUAAAACGAAACAAGACAUGGUGGAUAGUAGUAAUAUGGCUCAUGUGAAUGCAACAGCUCGUGUCUGGUAUAGACCAAAAUUAUCCAGGGAAGAAGCUAUCAGUAUUUUACGCCAACAAGUCCCUGGCAGUUUUCUGAUUAGAGACAGUACAACGUACAAGGAUGCUUUUGGUCUAGCUGUCAAAGUUGCUACUCUUCCACCAAAAGUCACACCAAAAUCUGGUUUUACAAAAUUUGUCAGAAGCAUUUUCAAUGACCUACAGUCUGAACUAGUUCGACAUUAUCUUAUUGAAGCAGUCAACACACCGACGAAGGGUGUACGCCUAAAAGGUUUUGCAAGUGAACCUGUCUUCCCAAGCUUAGCUGCUCUUAUCAAUCGACAUACACAGGAUGCUUUAGCUUUACCGUGUCGCUUGAUUCUCCCAGCCAUUCCAACUACACCUUUACCCCAAGGAUAUAAAACUCCACCACAAAUUGUGACUGGUAUACCACCAAAUAACAAUAAUAAUAAUAACAAUACUGAAAUACCAAUGAGUAAUCAUAUUUCUGUGUCUCAUAAUGAGUCUAUUUCAAAAGUGAACAAUGCUACUGGACCAGUUUCAGAAAUGGGUUCUGUUGUUAUGGAUAAUGGGGAAAUAGACUGUACAAAGUCAGUUGUAGACAAUUCAACAGUUGGCAUAGAUGGUCUACCGUUUGAAUGCGUAGUUAAAGAUGACCAGCAUAAGCAAAUGGUAUCACCAAGUUUAAUCAAUCAAGGAAUGACUUAUCGAUGUUUCAUGCUGGGAUCAGUUGACACGCCUCAAUGGAACAAUGAACUUUGUUUCUCAAGAGCAGUUGAUCAAUUAAUUCCAUUGGAAACAUUAACAGCAUCUGAAUGUGAUCAUGGUAUUAGUCGUGUACGAUAUUCAGAUAUUCAACUGCAUGUCAGUGCACAUGAUGGAAUUACAAUUAUCGAUUUGUUAAGACGUUUAUUCCUUCGACGACAUCUUCCCAAUAAUGUAUUAUUAUAUUGUGGUGUAGAGUCUCGAAAGAAAGAAUUUAUUCACCCUGAACAUCAAAAUCUUGGCAUACGUAAUCCAAAUACUUAGAAUACUUUUGCAACCUUUAUUUAGACUGGUUUGUAUUGAUUACAUUGGAUAUAAAUCUUAGUCUGUGUUAAAAUUUGAGCUACCAGCAUGGACGUUUUCGAGUCUCUGAAGAUUAAUUUGAUGUUGUGCGAUUUAUGGUGACUGGCUGUGGAAUUCUAAGUUGUAUUAUUUCGUUUUAUCUUGGGCUCGUCAUCUCCAUGUAGCUGCAGCAUCUCCAAUGAGUGACGAUGUUCCCACUCGAACUCGAAACCAGAAUUCAUAAUUUUAAAUGCCUAUGCGUUAUUCUCUGGGCCAUACUAGUGUAACAACAGAAGACAAGGGCCAGACAGCAGAUCGUUUAUUCACGAAAUCAACACAUAUUUAUAGAUUUUCAUGUACAUUACUAUAGAUUAUUGUUAGCAGAAAAACACAGUCUUCUUAUUGGUUGUUUCUCACGGAAAGUUAACCUUGCAUCUCUUUGUGGCUGUUUUUUGAAUGUCAGAUCAUUUAUAUGUCAACUGCAUCCGCCUACGCAAAGCCUUUCUUCUCGUUUUUCUCACGACCAAUACUGGGGACAUAAACAUUGACGUAAAUUACUGUCCACCAAUUUUGACUAACAGCCAGCUCUCACCACACUAGGAGUUGACAAGUCAACUGAGACUAAGUGAAUAUUUCUGUUCAACGGGAAAUAUGAAUUAGUUAGAGAAUUAUUGGAAAAUCAGGUGGGAGUACUGGACAGCCGCUUUGUCCUAGUUCGGAACUCUUCAUCAGUACGCACCCACCACAGGGAUUCGAACCCAGGAACUUCUGGUUACAAGGCCAGCUAACUCGUAGACCAUUAAGCCACUGCGACCCGAUCGAAUGUACCAGUUGAAGUUGCCACACACACACCCUACACAGCACACAAAGAUAGAGACAGAAAAAUUCAGAAGAACUACAAUGAACAUAAAUCUGCGGUAGAAAGAAUAAGUGCAUGGAGAAACAUACGGAUUUAACUGAUUUAAGAGGUUACCAACACAACCUCACGCCAUUGGCUCUUAGCAUCCUGAGAACUCCAUCCAGGCAGUCUACACCUUCCUAAAUGGCUAGCUCAAACCAAAAGUCAAAAAAAUGAGGUCAGACUAUUAUUUGAUCACCUCUCCCGACCGAUAGCUGCUACCUUGACGUGGUAGUCCGGAUUGCAUACCACGAUGACCCAACAAGCUGCACUGUCUGGAACCAAUGUUCCUGCAGGUCCUACCAUGCCAGGAAGUUUGUUAGAGUAAGAAUCUUUCUUACACUAUGCUGGGGGCCUGAGACGAAGCCGUACUGCUGGGGGACAGAGAUGUAACAGCAGUAAGGUGUUUCCCUCAGAUGACCAGCACGCCAGCCAGCUAUGCUGUCUCUCCACUCCGGAGAGAGGGGGUUAGAAAAGGUCGACCCCAAAAAUUGUACAUCCCGACUUGCCCCAACUACAGUGGUCCGUAACCGGUGGUAAAUUUACUAAUAUGGAACAAAACCAAGGGACCAGUUCACACAGGUCGUGUGUAUGACCGACCUCAGGCAGUUGUCCCCUGGGCUCUGCGGUCACGCAACACUAACCCUGUCUCUGUUUCAGGUACGCGAAGAAUCAAGACGAACGAGGGUAAGGACUUGGCAUGCAUGACAUGUCUUCUAGCCAUCUCAGUCGAUAUAACUUCACAAUGUCAUCAGCUGACCUCCCUUCCUUACCCCUAGCACUUUACCCCUAGCCUAACCCCAAUAUUACUGAUCAACAAGAAUCCAUUCCCAUGAUUACCUACAUAACGUAAGCAAGGCAUUAACCAGGUAAAAGAUUUCAUUACAAACUAUAACUUAUAGGUGAAAUAACUGGCUAUAAUAGAAAACUACUGAUUUUCAUUUCUUCCUUAAAAGUCAUUCUAAUAGUAAUUGUCUUCAAUAAAUCUAUUUUUAUUCAAAUAAUCAUCGUUUGGUAUAUCACAAAAAUCAAUUAUUCCAGUUGAUAAAUAUAUAUACAUGCAUAUGUGUAGUUAUAGCGAUCAAUAAAUGAAUAGGCCAUUUACUAAU